CGUCAAUAGUUCAGACUCUAGCUCGGUCUGGUCUGUGCCAGAACCUGACCAAAUUCCAGAACACGCGUCACCCUCUCUUGCUCUUCCUCUCUAUCUAUAUCUGUUGGCCCAUAUAUGUGUUAUACCCAAAUUGGUGCCCAAUGUUUCGAGCUUUCUGGUUGGAAACCCUUCCCUGCCCUUCUAAUCUCUAUCAUUAUCAUGAGAUCUCUUUCAAGUUGCCACUACUCUUUCAACAAAAACCACACCUAAAAGGUGCUCUUCAAGGCUUAAAUUAAAAUUCCCAUCUCUCUCACGUUUUUUCCAAUUUCUCAUCCUUUUUCUUUACCCUGAUUCCAUCUCUCGUUUGCCCUUAACAUGGCUUAUUUCCUCCUACUUUUCUUUCUCUUGAUCUCAGCUGCUUCUUCACAGUCCACCGAGGUGUUCUUCCCUGGAUUCAAAGACUUAAACCCCAACAACUUAACAGUAACGGGGGUUGCACGGAUUGAUAAACAUGGCAUUCUCUGCUUAACAAAUGACACCAGUCGUCUACAGGGUCAUGCUUUUUACAACUCUCCAUUUAGAUUCAAGAACUCCAGCAAUGGGCAAGCUUUUUCCUUUUCCACCUCUUUUGCUUUCGUUAUAGUUCCUGAGUAUUUAAAGCUAGGUGGGCAUGGCCUUGCUUUCACAAUCGCCACUUCUAAAGAUCUGAAAGCACUUCCAAGUCAGUAUCUAGGAAUCCUUAACGCAACUGAUAAUGGGAACCUCACAAACCAUCUGGUUGCAGUAGAGUUCGACACGGUUCAGGAUUUUGAGUUCCAGGACAUCAAUGACAACCAUAUUGGCAUCGACAUCAACAGCAUGGUGUCAAAUGCUUCUGCUCCUGCCGCUUACUUCACCGAUGUUUCCACGAAGCAAAAUCUUACUCUCAAAAGUGGAAACCCAAUCCAAGUUUGGAUCGAUUAUGAUGCAGUUGAAAACGUCUUCAAUGUAACCAUCGCACCGAAUUCGACAAGACCCAGAUUGCCGAUCUUGUCGUAUCAUGUAGAUCUUUCACCGUUUCUUCAAGAGUUUAUGUACGUUGGUUUCUCAGCUUCAACAGGGUUACUUGCUAGCUCGCAUUAUGUUUUAGGUUGGAGCUUUAAAAUCAAUGGACAAGCUCAGGCUCUCGAUCUAUCUUCUCUGCCUUCGCUCCCCGGACCACCAAAAAAGCAUACAGCUUUAACAGUUGGUGUCUCUGUUUCCUCUGUCAUUCUUGUCAUAAUUGCUGUCUCCAUUGUCAUUUAUAUCAUUUUCAAAAUAAAAAACGCUGAUGUGAUUGAAGAUUGGGAGCUGGAGAUUGGACCACAAAGAUGUUCUUAUGGAGAACUCAAGCAAGCAACCAAUGGUUUCAGUGACAAAAACUUACUUGGUCAAGGUGGAUUUGGCAGAGUUUACAAAGGAACGCUUCGAAAUUCAAAGACUGAAGUUGCUGUGAAGCGAGUUUCUCAUGAAUCGAAGCAGGGUUUGCGUGAAUUCGUAUCAGAAAUUGCUAGUAUUGGAAGGCUUCGCCAUAGGAACUUGGUUCAGUUACUGGGAUGGUGCAGGAGAAGAGGUGAUCUUCUUCUUGUUUAUGAUUUCAUGGCUAAUGGCAGCUUAGAUCAGUUUUUGUUUGAUGAGCCUAAAAUAAUCUUGAAUUGGGAGCAAAGAUUCAGGAUUAUCAAAGGUGUGGCUUCGGGUCUUCUUUAUUUACACGAAGGCUAUGAACAAAUUGUGAUUCAUAGAGAUGUUAAGGCAAGUAACGUGUUAUUAGAUGAUGAAUUGAAUGGAAGAUUAGGAGAUUUUGGCCUUGCAAGAUUGUACGAACACGGUUCAAAUCCGGGGACAACUCGGGUGGUUGGUACAUUGGGAUAUCUAGCACCAGAGCUACCCAAGACAGGAAAGGCCACAACAUGCUCCGAUGUCUAUGCUUUUGGUGCAUUAUUGCUUGAAGUUGCUUGUGGGCGUAGGCCAAUUGAGCCGAAGGCCUUGCCUGAGGAAUUAGUGUUGGUUGAUUGGGUAUGGGAGAAGUUCAUACAAGGGAGACUCCUUGAUGUGGCAGACAUUAGGCUCAAUGGCAAAUAUGAUGAAGGUGAAAUGUCGAUGGUGCUUAAAUUAGGCCUAAUGUGUUCAAAUGACAUGCCUGUGGCACGGCCUACCAUGAGGCAUGUAGUGAGGUAUCUAGAUGGAGAGGCUGAACUGCCGGAAAGUUUGAGGCCGCCGGCGUCAUUUGACGGCAAUAAAGGUUAUGCAGAAGGGUUUGAUGCUUUUGUGAAUUCAUUUGCGUCCUCAUCUUUUGAUAAAAUGAGUUCAAAUUCAUUCAUGGAAACUGGUAAUGUUGCUACUAGUUUUGCUUCUCUUUCAACCUCUCCACUUUCCCUUCUUAGAGAAACUAGAUAGUGUCUGAAACAGUUUUCUUCUCCUCUUUUUUUUUUCAAUAUAUAUUUUCUUCAAUGACUGAGCUUGUAUCAUAUGCAAAACUAUGGGACAUUUAACAAAGGGAAACAAAGACAUUGAUGUUUCA